GUACAUCGCCAACAAUAGUUCAGUAAGGAAGGACAGCCACGAGGCUAAUGUUACGCGUGUAGACAUACUGGUGAAAUUGCUUAUUUUUAUACCCCAAACUAGUCGGUUACCUUAUUGUCAGUCAAGUGUUCAACUGUAGAUGCAUUAGUGUCCCCAUUGCGGAGAAAAUGGCGGAUUUCUCCUCUCUGGGUUUAUCAGACUGGCUAAUACAACAAUGUAAACAACUGGGCAUUGGUAAGCCAACUCCUGUUCAACAAAACUGCAUACCAGCUAUUUUAGAAGGUCGUGAUUGUAUGGGCUGUGCCAAAACGGGUAGUGGAAAGACUGCUGCAUUUGUCCUCCCAGUGCUACAGAAGUUAUCUGAAGAUCCAUACGGCAUCUUUUGUCUAGUCCUCACCCCCACCAGGGAGCUGGCAUAUCAGAUUGCUGAGCAGUUUCGAGUAUUGGGCAAACCUUUAGGCUUGAAGGAUGUCAUCAUCGUUGGUGGGAUGGAUAUGGUGGCCCAGGGUCUGGACCUUUCCAAAAAGCCACAUGUUGUCGUCGCUACGCCAGGGAGACUUGCUGAUCACAUCCGAAGCUCCAACACCUUCAGCAUGAACAAUUUGAAAUUUUUGAUCAUGGACGAGGCGGACCGGCUGCUGGAGCAGGGCUGUACGGACUUCACUGCAGACCUGGAGGUGAUCCUCAGCAAGGUGCCGGCCCGCCGCCAGACCCUGCUCUUCAGCGCCACCCUGACCGACACCCUGGAGGAGCUGAAGACCAUCGCCAUGAACAAGCCCUUCUUCUGGGAGAGCAAGUCCGAGGUUCGGACAGUGGAGGAGCUGGACCAGCGCUACAUCCUGACGCCAGAGAAGGUGAAGGAUGCCUACCUGGUGCACCUGGUACAGACCUUCCAGGAUGAGCACGACGACUGGUCCAUCAUCAUCUUUACAAACACCUGCAAGAAUUGCCAGUUACUGACAAUGAUGCUGCGGGAGUUUAAGUUCCCAACCAUUUCGCUGCAUUCCAUGAUGAAACAGAAAGAACGAUUUGCCAGCCUGGCAAAAUUUAAGUCCAACGUCUUCAAAAUCCUCAUUGCUACAGAUGUAGCUUCAAGGGGUUUGGAUAUUCCAACAGUGCAGGUGGUUAUCAACCAUAACACCCCAGGGCUGCCCAAAACCUACAUUCACAGAGUGGGCAGAACCGCCCGCGCAGGACGCAACGGCAUGGCCAUAACCCUGGUGACCCAGUACGACAUCCACCUGGUGAACGCCAUCGAGGAACAGAUCCAAACAAAACUCAAGGCCAAUCCAGUGGAGGAGAAGGAAGUUCUGAAGAUCUUAACUCAGGUCAACGUGACCAAGCGCAAGUGUGAAAUCAAGCUGGAGUCGUCAGACUUUGAUGAGAAGAAGGAGAUUCACAAGAGGAAACAGCUGAUUCUGGAGGGCAAGGAUCCAGACAAGGAGGACAAACGCAAAGCAGAACUCCUGAAGAUCAAGAAGCAGAAUAAGAAAUUCAAGGAGAAAAUUCAGAAAACGAUUCAGAAGAACAAACGAGAUCAGUCAAAUCGGAAGAAGGCACAGAAGAGUGUCCAAACAAAACAACAGGCAACAUAACACACACACAGGACAUUAUCAGUACAACUUGACAUUGAACGCUGUCCUUUCUUUUAAGCGGACUCCAGAAAAGCCACCAGCACACUUCAAGUGAAUGUGAGCGCUUUAAAGCUUUAUUGAAAAAUAAAAAUCAACCUUAAAGGAAUGUGAUAUACAAAGGUCAACGCAGGUGAAAACAGCCCCAAAGCCAACAUGAAAACAUCACAACGAAGGUGCAACCCUGUGCCUCCUGGCGGACUAUUGGUUGACUGGGUGGGAAGGGAAAUAGGAGAUCCCUGUUUUGGGGAUAAUAUAACACAAUCAAAGGAAAACAAUUGAA